AGGACGUGCGCCGCUUUUAAACAACAAAGAUGCUGACAGCUCCGUGGACUCAGUCAUGAAACCUUUCAGGCUGUAUGUUCCGAUACUCUGAUCGGGGAAACUAUCGAUCCUCCUGGAGAGUCUCCAGAGAACAUGUCCAUCGUAACAGUUCAGCUCGGUCAGUGCGGCAACCAGGUGGGCCACGAGCUGUUUGACGUCCUCUGCAGCGAUGCACUGGAGGGACAGAGGAAAGUGUACAGCACAGCGGGCUGCGAGCGAUUCUUCCACCAAACCUCACGUGGAGAGCUCGUAGCCAGGGCGGUGCUGAUUGACAUGGAGCCCAAAGUGAUCAACCAGAGUAUGAGCAGGGCUGCAAAGUGUGGCAUGUGGAGGUAUGGAGAGUCUUCCCACUUCAGCCAGAAGCAGGGCUCUGGGAACAACUGGGCUAAUGGGUACCGUGUCCACGGGCCUCGUCACAGAGACGUGGUGGAGCAGCUGGUGAGGCGAGAGGUGGAGCGCUGUGACAGGUUGGCCGGACUCAUGGCCAUGAUGAGUGUGGCGGGGGGAACGGGGUCCGGCGUUGGUACUUACGUUACUCAGUGUCUCCGAGACAUCUACCCCAAAACCUUCAUCCUCAACCAUCUCACCUGGCCAUACGGGACCGGGGAGGUGAUUGUCCAGAACUACAACUCUGUGCUGACGCUGGCUCACCUCUACCAGCUGUCCGAUGCCAUCCUGGUGCACGAGAACGACACGGUGCACAGGAUCUGCGGUCAGCUGCUCAACAUCAAACACAUCUCCUUCGGUGAUGUCAACAAGGUGAUCGCUCACCAGCUGGGCAGCAUCCUGCAGCCCGCGCUCACCGCCGACUCCCACGGAGUCUACGGCAGAAAUCCUCUGGGUGAGUUGGUGAGUGCCCUCGCGUGCCACCCGGAGUACAAGCUCCUCAGUGUGUGCACCAUCCCUCAGAUGCCUAGUUCCUCCAUGGCCUACAGCACGUUCAGCUGGCCGAGCAUGCUCAAACACCUACGACAGAUGCUCAUCUCCAACACCAAGAUGGAGGAAGGUAUAGACUGGCAGGUGCGUCCAUCUGCAGCUUCUGAGCGGACCAGGAGUCUCACAGGAUCCAGCUUCAACCGCUCUCUGGCCAACCUGCUCAUACUGAGAGGGAAAGACGUUUACAGCGCAGAGACAGGUGGCUUCGAGGACCCGGCCCUGUACACCUCCUGGCUCGCAUCAGAAGAAGCUUUCAACUCGUGGAAAUCCCCAGUGCCUUUUAAUAAGUAUGAAAAAUGUGCCACGCUGGUCAGCAACAGCCAGGCUCUGGUCAGACCUCUGGACAACAUGGUGGGAAAAGCCUGGAACAUGUUUGCGUCCAGGGCCUACAUCCACCAGUACAUUAAGUUUGGGAUCUCAGAGGAGGACUUUCUAGACAGCUUCACAUCUAUUGAGCAAGUCAUCUCCAGCUACAAACAUCUGCACUAGAAAUGGAGAAAACUAACAAGCACCACCUCUGCCCAUUGGACUGUACGUACCAAACAGAAUACCAUGACGUGGGACAUUGCUGCUUCUUUUUAAAACAUGUACAUAAAAAACAUUCUUUACUUGGUUCACUGAAAGAAACUGAUUCCUUGACUUUUGACCAUUUCUUUCCACCAAAAGUAUCAUUGGGACACAUUCAGUUCCUCUUGUUGGAACUAUUUUAUUACAUUUAAUUAGUUAUGGACUUUGGGAUUAGAUCAUUUUAUCAAAUGCUGCUUUCAGCCUUUAAAAGCUUUCAGAAAAAUGUCAACUUCUACACUUCCAUGACAACGCAGUGUCUCCAUCUGCUGAGGAAGACCAUGUGUUGUAAUCAAAAGCUCCCGAACAGCUACGGAGCUAUUCUAGUUAGAAAAUGUGAAUGUUCAGCAAUUAUUGGGAAACAAAGAAACGUAACAAGAGCAGUUAACAUACUUUUCAUCACUUUAUUGUUCAUUUUUUUUCCCCAUCACAGUAUUUCCAGAUGUGGGCAGAUCGACACGGCUGAAGUGCAGUUCUGACACGAGCCAAGCGGCAGAAACGAAAUGCUGAAGGCCCAGAACUUCAGCCAGCUUACAGACUGCUGUUGCCGUGCUAGUUUAACAGCCAACACCAGUCUGAUAAGCUAGCUGACGGGAUGGGAAAGUUGAGUCAAGGAUGUUCAUGAGAAUGUAGAAGCGGGGUCCACAAGCCCACAAGUGGACCAGAAUCUGCAGAGUCCGUUUCAGGCCGGACUUCACCCCGACAUGAAGAGUCUGAUACAAAGAGAACUAUUAACUGAUGGUGCUGAACUGUUCACUUACCUUAAAGAGGAUCAUUUCUCAGAGAAAACCAACCAUUAGCUCCGUCACGAGGAUUUAAAGAAACUUUACAACAGUUUUUAAACGUCACAAUAUCUCACAGCGUAUGAGGAUGAACAUUUAAAAGUUAAUCUUCAACUCAAAGAAUGUGAAACAAAAGAGUCAACUUGGAAACCAGUGCUAUGAUUUACAUGUUUUAUAUAUGAUCUGAUCCAAGGUUCAACCUAAAUGUACAGAAUAGAAAUGGGUCUAGUUAGCCGAGAGUAUAAUGUCACUUUACAAAUGAUAUCACCUUUUCUUUUUUGUUUUGGUUCAAGUUAACUCAUGUCCACACAGACCAUUAGAAUAGAAAUACAUCUGUGCAUACUGUCAAAAAGAUAUUAAGAUAUUUACACAAUGUGCAAACCAUCAAUACCACACUCUUAAGUUGAUAUUGCUUCUUUUUUUUUUUCUUCACUAUUUUAAACUGACAAAUCCAGAGACCAAAAAAAAGAGACAAAUUUGGUCUUAAACGGGACAAAAAACAGGACAAUUAAACCCUGAAAAGAAAGACCAUCCACAGCAGUUAUCUUGGCAGCGCACUGUACAAACAAGUCAAGAUCCAUCCGUACAUAAAUGUUACAAAAUUAAAUAAAAAUCAAGUUAAGUCAAACUAUAUUCAAGGGAAGUGAGACCUCCCGGUCUUGCAUAAGGCAUAGCGUCUGAUGGGCACUGCACCUACACAGCAGUCACCACCCAACUGCUGCUGUACAUCUGAGGUCAACGAAUGGGUUAAUUUAACAGAAAGUAACACGUUAAGAUCAGCAAUAAAACCAAUCGCACUACACACCUAGAGAGUGAGAUGAGAGGAAGAACUACAAAACCUGAAGAGGGACAAA